UAGAAGAUGCACCGAGUUCUACACCCGUUAUAUGGCCGUUUGUGUUUAUAGAAACGGAAUACAGGAAAUAGAAACAAACCACACGCGUCAACUGCGCGUUUCGUUUCAUCUGACCGUUUGACUUCGUCAUCUAGCAGUUGUUUCGCUUUACACGUAUCUGCAUCGAUUUUCAUCCAAGUUAUAGUUACCAGAGGUCAUCAUGGCACAGGCAUCUUCUGAGGGCUAUUUAGAGUCAGAGCUCACCUGCCCCAUCUGUCUCCAUCUAUUCGUUGACCCGGUCACUCUUCCUUGUGGUCACAGUUUCUGUCUGACUUGUCUGGAAACACCUGAAAGUGAUAAAAGUUCUGGAUCUGAUCAAGAACUUUGCUGUCCAGUGUGUGGAGAGCAACAUCUCAGCCCAGAGACCCUACCGAGAAAUGUCAAACUCAAAACAAUUGUUGAGAACUACAAGGACAACUAUGAACUUAAAGUCAGUAGUGAAGUUCAAUCAAGUGUAGAAGACAAGAUCGUCAACCAUAAUGAUGAACCGUCUUCAGGACACUAUGUUGAGAGAGAGGAUGGAACAAACAAUGAAGAAGAUAUCUACUUGGCUGAUGAAUCUUUGUCAGCAGAUUUUGGUAAGGACAAUCUUUUGGAGACUGAAGGAAGUGAACGCAGGUCUAGAUUACUUCCCAUCGUGACUAGUCUCCAAGAAAAGCUUACUCUAGUGGAUGAUCUGAUGUCUAAAGAGAAGGACAGAGAGGCUGCAGUCAAGGAGACACAUACUGAUCUGAGAAAGGAGAUUGGCAGCAUACUGGAGGAAAUGGCAGAGCUAGUUAAGACCUACAGCGUUGCUGGUAUGAAGCUUCUUGAGGUUGCGUUGAAGCCCAGAGAAGAUGCUGCACAAAAUAGAGUGCAUAAAAUCUCAGACCUCCAAAAGCAGAUUAGGAUGGCUGAAGUCAAGAUAAAUGCUCUGAUGGGUGAGGAAGAUGCCUCGUGUUUUAGUGAUGGAGUCAAAGAAAUUGAAUCCCAAUUUUCCAACUUGAAUGUGGAGCCUCUAGAGGAUUUUCCAAGUGAUAUGGAAUUAUACACCAAUUUGAAAAAAGUCUGUAUGGAAAUUGAGCUCCAUAAUACCCAACUCCGUCUUGGGCUUGGAUCUGCUCAGCGAGCUUUACGUGUUGUUCUCAACCCUUCGGAGGUGACGUUUGACCCUGACACCAUCCACCCCAACCUGGUCUUGUCUGAAGAUCUUAAAACAGUAUCUUUUAGUGUUGCAAAGCAGCCCUAUCCAGCCAGUUCCCAAAGGUUUACUAGCUUCUUCCAAGCUCUGAGCUCCCAGAACUUCUCCAGAGGAGAGCAUCUCUGGAGCUUGCGAGCUGAGGGUUGCUCCUGGGUUAUGGCUGUGUGUUAUGGAGGACUUCCCUGUUCUGGUUCUGGAAGUGGUCUGGAGAGCAGUACUGGAUCCUGGUGCCUCGUGUACUGUGAUAACCUGCUGAGGGCCUAUGAAAAAGGAAAGGACAUACCACUUAGACGCACACCAUCUCUGAAGAGAGUGGAGAUACGCCUUAGCUUUAGUCAUGGUACUCUAGCAUUUUAUAGUGUUAGUGAUGUAAGUGGGGAAAAAACUGAACUGCACACCUUUAAAGUGAACUUCACAAAGCCUUUGUAUCUGGGUGUUCGGAUGAUGUCUGGGCAACCCAAAGCACACAUAACAGUGAGCUAGUGAUUUAAUCUUAAUUCUUAGCUACACUCACACCUUACAAUGGACCUUAGUCAGGGUACACCGCAUAUUUAAUUUAAUGGGAAUGCCAAUGAGGCUGUGAGGGAUAGAGGUACAGUUUGUUCAAUAGGUAGAUUUUCAAAAUCCUCUAGAAUUAUUUUGGAAAGACAUAUUUUCAGUAUUUUAUCAGUUUGCAAUAUUUCAAUUAAUCAAAUAUAGUAUUUCUCAAUUCAUAAGAGGUAUACGAUGUUGCAUUUAAAUGUUAGCAUGAGGAAAAAGUCACAUUUGUUGAAUUGAAUGCAGGGCUAAAUUAAAUUGUUUUGCAUUUAAUACAAUGUUAAUACCGUUGUUGUUCUGUGCUUUUCUUGCAACAUGUUCAUUACUACUUGUAUCUGAAAUUACAAAUAAAACAAACAAUAACA